CGUCGGCGUCAGUCUCGUGGCGCAGCUGCCGAGAGCGCCGUUCUCGUUGGCACAACAUCGAUCGUGCACUGUCGGCCAUAACCUCUGCGAUUUCUGCUGUCUAUUCACUCUGGCCUCGUCAAUUUAAACCCCGCAAAACGUAAUUAAAAUCAACGAAUCAAGAAGAAAACUUUCGUGAAUCAUUUCUUUUUUUUUUUUAAGUAUCUUCGUUGAGCAUACAGGGUGCUUCCUGGCUGAGCCAGGAAGACCUUCAACCGUGAACAACCCCUUUUCGAAACAGUUUCCAGUUUCAGUGAAACGUGACGAUAGGUGGACAGCUGUCAGUGUCGCAUAUUAAAGGUACAGCAUGUUUCAUUUAUUGAGAAGAUUCGUGCGUUUUCGACGGACAGCUGGUUUCACCUAGACAGCACUGUGCUCAAUUCCCUGUUCAAGUAGACAACGCCCGCGUGAGAAUAUUCGCACGCGUCAGAUCCUGUGUCGCUCUCAAUCGUCGGAAAACAUCGUUCCAUGGACACCUGAUUACGCGGGACGAUAUCGAGCACGAUAUUUCUGCCGCGAGCCGUGGACUCGAUUCGUUCGCACGCGUCCAACAUUCGUGAGCUAAGUUAUUUUCGUUCGCGGAAUAAUUCAGAAAGGUUUCGCAAGGAUCAGCUGCUGUGAGGUUCAAACGUAACGCGACUUUCUCUCAGUGGAAAUGUGCAUAGAAAAGUUGAUGACAGUGGAACCGCAGUGCGCUCGUUGUACGCGUCGCAGUGGUUGCUUCCCAGGGGAAGGAAGUGGAAUAAAAGUUUCGGUCUCUCGAAGGAGACGAGCAUGAGUGUUCGUUGCUCGUCGACGCGUGCAUCGGCGCGUGUUUCUCCUCGAUAGCGACGUCGUUCCCGGACGUCGUCGCUUGACGUCAUCGGUUCCGGCGGGAAAGCCAACCACAACCAAAUACGCACAGCCGAAACAUGGACAAGGAGGAUUACUUAGUCAACUUGCAUUAUCUUCCGAUUAUAUUGUUCAUUUCCUUGCCUUCCGUCUUUAUUCUCACUUACGUAGUAGCGGUUGUAUUGGGCCACGUGGAAGCUGGGUUUCCUUACAUCUCCGACGCAGCUUCGUAUGCACCAGAGAGCUGCAUAUUCGCACAGUUCAUCAACAUGUUAACGAUGCUCAUGUCAUUCGUCAUCUACAUAAGGUACUCUCAGGUGAAAGAAUAUUCGAGUACAUUUAGCCUACAGGAAUCCUUGUCAAAAUGGAAUUACUGGUCCUUAAUUUUUGGUCUAGUGGGCACCUUCGGCCUUUCCAUCGUAGCAAAUUUUCAAGAAUCGACUGUGAUAGUUAUGCACUUCAUCGGUGCAUUCCUUUGUUUCGGUGCAAGCACUGCGUACUUUUGGACACAGGCUGUGUGCACCUUCUAUCUGCAUCCGAUCGGAAGUUCCUUGAGACUGGCGCAUUUUCGUACAGCAUUGUCUACCUUCUGCACUGUUUGUUUCUGUAUCUCCGUCGUUACAGGCACGCUGGCGUAUGCGGCCUAUAAGGGUACGAAUCCUCAGAAAUGGUACAAGGAGGACGGUGGCUGGGAACUGCACAUGGCUAGCACGGUUACGGAAUGGCUAUGCGCGAUUGCAUUCUGCAUCUACAUUUUGACGUUCAGCGAUGAAUUUAAGAACGUCAAAGUUACUCAUCCAAAGGUUUUAUGCACCCGAAAUAGAACAAGGCUGACCAACGAGGCGCUAAACGAGAGCCAAAACUCCGCGAUGGCCCAGCAUCGACACCCGGCCAGGAUCACCUGAUCGCUGAUAGGCAGAGGCGCCGGUGGUUACGUCAACCUCCUCUCACACUCCCCAGUGAACACCCCGUGUCCCGGUUACAGGUACCGCGAGUCUCGCGAAGCUUUGUUGGACGAAAUCGAGCCCUUGGUGGCGACGACACCACCAGCUAUCUGCGAGGUUGAAGGGAGAACCGACGUCCUCUGCCCGGUGCAGAUACACGUGCAAGACCCAGUGAUACGACGACGACCGACGAGCGAAGAGGAUGCCGAGCAUAAUCGCAAAUGGUGCGAGGAUCGUUCGAAGAGGUGGAUAGAUCUGGACGAGAACGUCCUGGAUGGCUACAUCCUGAUAGACGACACGUGUCUGGAACGCAGUGUCGUACCAGACGAGACGCAGGAAGUUUCUUAUCCCGAGGGACCCACCGACGGCGACGACGACGAGGAGGAUGCUGACAGUCAUGGCAAAGACGAAUGUUCGAUUUACGGUAGAACAAGGCGAGCAACUUCGAGAAAAACUCGAGAGGACUUCGAUCUAAGCACAACCUACCCGCUUGCGAACAGUCAUGGCAACGCUUAUCAUGAAUCUACUAGCCACGCUAGGUACAGUGAACUAUACUCGGAACUAGCAGUGAGAAAUUACUUGGAGAUUAAUAGAGACGAUGUAGCGAACUACUCGGUGGCUAAUAGCCACGGUGAUCAUAGUAUAUCAUCCGAGAACAGGGAAAGAAGCAUCAGAGAGAACGCGGAGACUGAUCAGCUGGCUUGGGACACCAGACAGCACACUAAUUACGAAGUAGCUAACAGUCAUAGCAACUACAGGGUUUUCUAUGAUAGUCGAACGCAGCAGAGGGAUCUGUUACAAACGUCUGCCUGGCCAGUAGAGCCAUGGAGGGAACACAUGUUUGGUAAUACUUGCGUGACAGAGGAUACGACAUGGAAAUCAGAGAACGUUGAGAAAGUAGACGAAGAAUCGAAGAAGAGCAGUCGAUCACAAGUGAAAAGCGAUUCCAGCAAGGAACCAACGUGUGACAUUGAACAGUGUCUGGUUCAAAUCGAGGAGAGCCUCUUGAACAUCGAACAAAACCUCCUUCACGUGCAAGAUCUUGACAUCCCGGAAUUGAGGAAUCUUUUGUACAAAAGUCCGAGCAUUGAAAAGAGCCUUUACGAGGUUCAGGAUCUUCUCUAUGCCGAUGGUAUCGUUCCUGUAAUAGGUAAGAGGAAGUCUUCGACCCUCGAAUCCGAGGAGGAAGACGAAGAAGAUGAUGAAGAUGAAGAAGAAGAAGAGGAAGAAGUUUGGAUAGAGCGUACUCUAACUGUGAAAGACAAUGACAACGAAGAUGACGAUGCUGGUGCCGGUGCUUUCGACGCGUCGAACGAAGAAUCCUCCGACACUGCUAACGCCGAGGAGAACAAUCAAUCAGGAUCGAUGGACGAUCAAUCGAACACUAAUUGUGUGGACGGGUCAACUGUGUUUCGAGAAGCCAGCGACUCGAAUUACACUGAGAAGGCGAUGAACUUUAUUCCAAACAGUCUGAACAAAACGCUGCCCAGAAGAAUCGUUCUGGAUGGAACCAGGGAGAACAUCAGACUCUGUUCCUCGGAACCAGAGGAACCGAUGAUCAUCGAUUACAAUUUGAACACCAGUUGCGCGGAUAAGAAACCAUUUUGUCGCGACAAGUGUCACAGUAGAACGAAUUCCCUGGACGAGAACUCGAAGUUCUCUAAUUUGGACUCUUCUGACAAACGCGAGACUGGUAAAAGCUCUCUGCAAAACUUGCUGUUCGAGUCGACGAACAAUAAUUUCCUUGAUUUUUCUGGGAAAGCCAGGUCCGAAGAGAUGUUACAAAACAGAACAUCGAGAACAAACAAAAAGGGAACAAAGGAGAAACGUUGGACCAACGUGGAGGCUAAGACGGAAGAUUUCCGCAGGAAGUUGGAGUCUAUUUCUUUCGCUCGGACGACGAACCUUACACGCCCACGUGAAAAAUCGCGAGGUACAGGGUCGACGGAUAAGCUCCAGGAUAAGGAGAAGGAAUCCGUAGGUGGCAAGAGUUUCGAUAAGAGGAAGAGGAAGAAGAUGUCGAGCAGAAGUCAAAGCUCUUCUGAGAACGCGUUAGUGCCUAGCAAACUGAUCUCCUUGUCUUUGUCCCUUCUCCUCGCGGCUUUAUUGCAAGCUGUCAGGUGUCUGACGGACCUGGUGGAAGACGCUUUCAGGUCUGUCAGCUACGACAGAAGCGGCCUAUUGCAAUAGACCGCCAUGGGAAUCUCCCAUGGGAACACAGUAGCGUCCACGACAAAAUAUCGCGUAAGAAUGGUAAUGUUAGAUGGCACUAAAUAUACUUAUUUUUCUUCAUACAAUCCUGUUCGAAUAACUUUGUCGAAUGCUUCCUUCUGGGGUAAGAGUUUUCGGAUCGAUUUUACAUGAUUAACUAAAAUUUCCUUGAGAAUCUUUAUAAUAAAUUUUUGCUGACCUAAUUAUUUAUAAUAAA